GUGCUGAUCAUCGGUGGUGGCGACGGGGGAGUGCUGCGAGAGGUGGUGAAACACCCGACCGUGGAGUCUGUGGUGCAGUGCGAGAUCGAUGAGGAUGUGAUCCAGGUAUCUAAGAAAUACCUCCCAGGGAUGGCAGUGGGGUAUUCCAGCGCUAAGCUGACCUUGCACGUGGGAGAUGGUUUUGAGUUCAUGAAACAAAACCAAGAAGCCUUUGAUGUGAUUAUCACAGACUCGUCUGACCCCAUGGGUCCUGCAGAAAGCUUAUUCAAAGAAUCGUACUACCAGCUGAUGAAGACAGCCCUGCGAGAAGAUGGGAUUCUUUGCUGCCAAGGUGAGUGCCAGUGGCUGCACCUGGAACUCAUUAAGGAGAUGCGUCAGUUCUGCAAGUCUCUGUUCCCUGUUGUGGAAUACGCCUAUUGCACCAUCCCCACAUAUCCCAGUGGGCAGAUUGGCUUCAUGCUCUGCAGCAAGAACCCGAACACAAAUUUCCGGGAGCCUGUGCAGCAGCUCUCACAGCAACAAGUAGAGGAGAGGAGUCUGAAAUACUACAACUCUGACAUUCAUCGGGCAGCUUUCAUUCUGCCAGAGUUUGCACGGAAGGCCCUGAGCGAUGUGUGAGCCUGAGAAUCUGCUUCCUUCCUUCAAGUUGGACCCUGAGAUCGUCAGUGAUGUGGUGGGGACCUUCCCAGCAGACUGCAGAUUUGCUCUCCAGUGUGUGGGAUUGUUUAACCCUUUGCCAGCCAACAUUCCUUUUGAUGAUGUGUUACAAACGAUGGGGCAUAAGCCAGAUAAGACUAUUGAAAAGGUCCAGUGACUUAUUGCGUGAGGUCAAAACUGUUCUUUCCAGUGCUGGAAACGUAAGAUGUCAUUUUUCCUUUCUCUCCUCCCUGCACCCAUUCUAAAUUCUCCCCUCCCUGUGCCCCACUCCCACCUCCACCCCCUGCAACUGACAUGAUAUAUUUAUAACUGACACGUAUUUUUGUCUGGUGAUCUUCUGAAACCUGGGAAGAGUCCAGAAGAGUCACUGACUCAGCCUUAAGCACAGAGAGCGAGAGCUUUGUGCGCAAAGCUAGCUUGCUCUCUCCUAAUAGGAGCUCCCCGCUGCUGAGACGUUUUGACUGGUAACAGGGCUGAGCCUUCAUGUCCCACUGCCCUUCUGUGACACCUGCACUGUUCCGCAGCACAGUUGGAGAAGUCACAGUGCAAACUGUUGCCAUUCACAAUAGGUCUCCCUC